UUCCCCCCCCCUCAUCCGGUUUCCGGCUCCCCAAAAUGGCGGCCCCUUGUCUGUGGAGAGCCGGCCGGGCGAAGAGUCACCCAUGAGGCGAUUUCCUCGCCGGCCUCCUUCUCCUUUCGCCCGUAGCCCGAGCGCGGAAGGAGGAUGCUGCCGGCUCUGGCCGCUCAGCGGAAGGGAUGGCGCUCCUUUUGCCAGCUGCGGCUGCUGCUGCUGCGUCGGGGGGCCCGGUGCCCGCCGGUCUGCCCCGGCUGGCAAGUACCCAUUAAACCUGGGAGACCCCUGGCCAUUCUGCCAGGUAGGCCUCUCCCUCAUCCCGCCAGUCAAGUCAGAGCUUGCUCCUCCAACGAUCAGAAAAACAGCACAAGAACUCAAGAUGCCAGUUCUUCGGCCUCAGAAGGCAGCGCGCAGAAAACAGCGUCUGCCCGAGACGCUAUCAAUCAAAUUCCUUUCCCACAGCAACCAAUUCAAGUCAAAGUGAAAGCUGUGCUUAAAAAAAGAGACUAUGGACCAAAGUACACCAAGAAUAACUUCAUCACUGGCGUGAGAGCAAUAAGUGAAUUUUGCCUUAAGUCCAGUGAUCUUGACCAGCUUAGGAAAAUCAAGCGGCGAAGUCCUCACAACGACACGGAAGCUUUCACUGUCUUUUUGAGAUCGGAAGUGGAAGCUAAGUCUAUAGAAGUCUGGGGAAGCCCCGAAGCUCUCGCUCGAGAGAGGAAAAGACGCAUAGAGGCUGAAAGGGAAUACAUGGAAAAAUUAUUUAGAAGUCAGAAGUUGUUGAGAGAAUACCGAAAUUUCCAAGGAGAAACUAAGCCACGUUCCCGUGCCUCAGCUGUGUUUCUGAGCGGACCAGGAAAAGUGGUGAUGGUCGCUAUUUGCAUAAACGGCUUGAAUUUUUUCUUCAAACUCCUUGCCUGGGUGUAUACGGGCUCUGCCAGCAUGUUCUCCGAAGCCAUACAUUCCUUAGCAGAUACUUGCAAUCAAGCCUUGCUCGCGUUGGGGAUUAGCCAGUCGGUGAGGAUACCUGACGAAAGCCACCCGUAUGGCUUCACAAACAUGCGCUACAUCGCCUCCCUGAUUAGCGGCGUUGGCAUUUUCAUGAUGGGGGCCGGUCUCUCGUGGUAUCACGGGAUUAUAGGGUUACUCAAUCCUCAGCCGAUAGAAUCCCUUCUUUGGGCUUACUGUAUUUUAGCAGGCUCUUUGGUGUCGGAAGGAGCUACUCUCCUGGUAGCCAUCAACGAAAUCCGAAGGAGCGCUCGAAGCAAAGGACUUACCUUCUAUCAGUAUGUUAUUCAGGCGUGUGAUCCCAGCACAAACGUUGUGCUGUUAGAAGACACGGCGGCAGUUCUUGGCGUGACGCUAGCUGCUACCUGUAUGGGGCUGACUUCCCUAACAGGCAACCCCUACUAUGACAGUCUGGGUUCUCUGGGCGUGGGCACUCUGCUGGGAGUUGUCUCGGCAUUCCUCAUCUACACUAACACAGAAGCCCUCCUGGGCAGAUCCAUCCAGCCCGACCGUCUUCAGAAGUUGACCGAGUUAUUGGAAUGUGAUGCUGUUGUGCGAGCGAUCCAUGACGUCAAAGCUACAGAUAUGGGGAUGAACAAAGUGAGAUUCAAAGCAGAGGUGGACUUCGAUGGGCGGGUGGUCACUCGCUCCUACCUGGAAAAACAAGACAUUGAGCAACUGCUACAAGAGAUCCAGCAGGUGAAAACUCUUGAAGAUUUAGAGGCGUUUAUGCUUAAACACGGGGAAAACAUCAUUGACACCUUGGGGGCAGAAGUGGAUCGGCUUGAAAAAGACCUCAAGAAACUGAAUCCUGAAGUACGGCAUGUCGAUUUGGAAAUAUUGUAGUCUUCGUAUGGAAUCCAUUUCUUCAGAUCUCUUUUUUUUUGCGGGUGGGGGGAAUCAGCUUCUUGGAGGACGGAGCCACCCGCUACAACUUCGGAGAUCUCCAACCAUUUCAAGUUCCCUGAUUUUCAUGCCGAUUUUAACCUCCAUCGGCGAUCGGCUUUCUUUAAAACCGGCUACUUAGAGCUGCUUUUACUGCCUUUUGACGUGGAUCCGUAGAACAUUUGCAACUAGACACUUUAAAUAAGUUAUUUACAUGUCUGUUUCGGGGUGGGGGUGGGGGUGGGAGAGAGAACCCUCUAUAUUUUACAGCCCUCUUUCAAGUAUUUUUAAUCUGGUUUUGCAGAAUCAUCCCCGUUUGAAGACUGCGUUUCUCCUAGGCUCAAUUUGAGGAAUUCUAGUUUUGUAGUCUUUUAUCUGCUAUUUCUUUUUUUUCCUUCUCUGAAUUUUGGUGUCUGCAGGAUUCCCCAUUUUAGUUCUCCCUCUAGAUGGUUUGAGAUGAUCACUUCCAACCUCUGGCUCAGUGUUACGACCUUGUAGCUUACUCCUAGCAAACUCUCUAGCUUUGAACCACAAGAGUUGGACAAAUUUGGGGAGAUUUCCCCCUCCUAACCGUGUACAUAAAAGCGGCAGGUUUUGGAAUCCUGGCCCGAGCGGUGCUUAAGAUACCAGCCCGUGAGAUAAUUAAACGGGUGGGUUAAAGAUUUGGAAGGUUUUUAAUCUCAUCUUCCAGCUGUUGACUUUGCGCAAUCAAAAGGCCAAACCCGAAAAUCGCUUGUUAAUCAUUUGGCUUUGUUCUAAAAAUCUCCAUUGUGUUGUUUUCCUUUGUGCAACGAUGGAUAUUAUUAAUAUUUUUGCGGGAGACUCCAGAAGGAACAUCGGGAGGAACUUUCCAGAUGUUCAGACUUGUCCCUUGUCCUCCAAGCACGGUGGACUUCAAGGCUUUCCCAGACAAGCAUGAGAAUUGUAAUGGAGCACAUCUGGAGGGAGGUUUUUCUCAUGGAAAAUGGGUCAUGAAUGCUGGCUCCUCACUGCUCUUCUCAAACCAAUGUAUUUGUUUGAGUACCCCGUUUCCCCAAAAAUAAGGCCUCCCCGGAUAAUAAGCCCAACAUGCGCUAAAAUAAGCUCUCCUCCCGAAAA